GCUAGAUGCAGAGCUGGGGGUGGGACCACAAGGACCCGGGAUGGUGGUGGUGAUGGUGGUGAUGAGGGGUGGGGGCGGGGAGGGGGGUGGUGGUCGAUUUAUGACUUGAUAGUUAGGUCAGGGAUUUCUAAGGGAAUACCCAGAGGUUGCAGCUGCUGCUGCUGAGCUCACAGCCGCCGGCGAGAGAGCGAACAGCAAGCUAGAGUCAGGCCACAGGCUGAAGAGCUGUUACUGCAAAGUAACGGGAGAGGGGGGAGGCGAGAAAGCCAGAAAAAAAGUGGUAGCGUUCUGUGGUGGGGCGGGGUGCUCCGAGAAGCUGUGCCCCUCUGGCACGCGUGGACCCCCUGGCUGGAAGAGACAGAGCAAAACUGACUGCUUUGGAAGACAAAAUAAAAUUGAAAGAAAGAAAAGAAAGAGAAGCUAAGUUAUGCAGAACUGAUUGAUUCCCUGAGACCAAGGGAAGGAAGGCAUGUGUCUGUUGGGGCUUCGGGACGUGUGUAGGCAGGAGCCGCAGCCCCUACGGGAGCGGGCCGGCCCGUGGUGAAUUGGGCGUCCUGGUGGGAAGGUAGAGAGAGCAGCAGUAAACCAGCAGCAAUGCAGGGACGCCUGCUCUAGAGAAGCCUCCUGGAGAGGGAGGGUGCAGCCUCGAGAAAAGAGGGGGAGCCCCCCGCCCGGAGGCUGCCUCCCUUUCUGCCCUCCCGCAGCCCCCCUGCCAAGCAGAGUUGUGCACCCCUACUGCGUUCCACUCUGGGAGAGAUGCCCUCAGCCCCUGCGGCCCCCCGGGGACAACACGAGCAUGGAGAAGUCGAGUAGCGAGGAUUCUUCGAUCCACCGGAGUCCAUCUUUGGACAGCAAGGACUCGGACUUUGCCAAGCCCUCUUCCUCGGGCCGCCCCUUGGGCCGCGGCUUUACCGCAGGCGCCUUCUAUGGUACCACGGGCUCCCGAACCAGGGGCCAGAGCCACGCUGAGGCCGGAGUGAAAACGGACAAGUACAAUGCCCCGAAGGGCAGCAAGUACGUGGUAUUUUACCUGGACCUCUCCUUUGUCUUCCUUCUAGAAUUUAAGAAGUGCAACAUGGCCAGAGGUUGCCUCUGCUGUUUGAAAUACAUGAUGUUCCUGUUCAAUUUGGUAUUUUGGCUGUGUGGCUGCGGACUAUUAGGAGUGGGCAUCUGGCUCUCUGUCUCCCAGGGAAACUUUGCCACCUUUUCUCCCAGUUUCCCCUCACUGUCAGCAGCCAACCUGGUCAUUGCUAUUGGCACUAUUGUCAUGGUGACUGGCUUCCUGGGCUGUCUGGGAGCCAUCAAGGAAAACAAGUGUCUCCUUCUCAGUUUUUUCAUAGUCCUGUUGGUCAUCCUCCUGGCAGAGCUGAUCUUACUCAUCCUGUUUUUUGUCUACAUGGACAAGGUGAAUGAUAAUGCCAAGAAGGACCUGAAAGAAGGGCUUCUCCUGUAUAAUACAGAGAAUAACGUGGGACUGAAGAAUGCCUGGAACAUCAUUCAAGCUGAGAUGCGAUGCUGUGGUGUCACUGACUUCACAGACUGGUUUCCUGUGCUAGGAGAAAAUACAGUUCCUGACCGCUGUUGCAUGGAGAAUUCCCAGGACUGUGGGCGCAACUCUACCACCCUUGUGUGGAAAACAGGCUGUUACGAGAAGGUAAAGACAUGGUUUGAUGACAACAAGCAUGUGUUGGGCACAGUAGGAAUGUGCAUUCUUAUCAUGCAGAUUCUAGGCAUGGCCUUCUCCAUGACACUCUUCCAGCACAUCCAUCGGACUGGUAAAAAAUAUGAUGCCUAAGCCGACUGGCUGGGAGUGCCAUCCAUACUCUCUACACCAGGAAAGAGUUGUGCUUUUGUAGACUCCUGAACGCCAGACUGCCAUCCCUUCCUAUACAUAGUACAACCCUAUCCUGUCCAACAGAUCGACGCCCUCACCCUUCUUGUAUCACCCAUUGACUUCUUUGUUGGGUGGCAGGGUGGGUAGGGAGAGUGGGAAGGAAACCUCAGGAGGUGGGAAGUUGUGUGUGUGUGUGUGUGUUGGGGGUGGGGGGUGGGACUUUUCUGCAUCCACAUCUGUUUCUUUGCCAAAGAAGAUGGAGGGAUGGGGAGAAGAUGAGGUAGAGUGAUGGGAGAUGCUAAAAGAGCAAACUCCAAUAUGACACUAAUCCCUCCUUACCUCUCCUUUACCUCCUGCCCUUCUUCUACGCACUGACACUUUGCCUGACCCACCGGGGAAGAGGAUGGAGAAGAAGAGGCCAACUCCCAUCCUUGCUGGGGGCUUCUUCCUCUUCACUUCCCUUUCCCCUUUCAAGGGACACAGCCUCUUCUAUUUCUGCUUAUAGCCACACCUUGCUCCCACCUCUGGUCCAGAGACCUAGAAGACUUAAUGGGAGGGAAGGUCAGGGAGGCCCAACCAUUUUAAGUAAGGGUCCCCAGGCAAUGUUCUUUCUGAGGCAUUUUGUACCCUAUGAUGUAUCUUUUUUUAUAUAUAUCAUUUUAUUUUAUCCUGAUUUUAAUCAUUUGGGAUCAGUAUUCCCCAAAUACCUUUAGGGUUAGUUUUCUGAUCUAUAACUUUUUAUGAUAUUGGUUUAUUUGAUUUCUUGAUUUUUUAGGUGGGGGGUAGUGAUGGGGGGAGGGCAUCCAUUUGGUUUUAAUCUGGAAAAAUACUGUGUAACACUUGGGAGGAUCUUGGUGGAGAUGUAUCAGACUUUUUUUUUUUCCCAGUAUGGAGAGGAUGAGAUUAGCCGGCUCUGAUGAUAAAGCUAGGACUUGGCUCUGUUCCUUUACCUCAGUGAGGGGCUAGAAUGGAAGGUUCAUGACCUCUUUCAAGAGCUCUGGGACUUGGAGUCCUUUGCUCCUAGAAUUUUGGCUUUUGUGAAGUGAAGCAGGUUCAGGGGUCAAGCAAGAGGCAAAGAGGAUCUAGUACCAGUACUGACAGAACACAGAACCAAUGGGGAUGUGAGUUGGGUGAGACUGGGGUGGGGGGUAGGAAGGUAAUAAGGGAGCUUGCAGUAUUUCUUGCUAAUCUCUUUACCAGGAACUAUGGCCUGAGCUAGGUUAUAUCUGCUGCUGUUUUUUUGUCUUUGUCUUUGUCUUUGUCUGUUUGUCUUUGUCUUUUUUUUAUCCUUCCCUCCCAACCAUCUUUGGCAUGGGAGACUCUCCUUUCACUCCAUUUGGUCAUUCCCACAUCAAAUUUCACAGACCUCCCUUUGUAUUUCCCCAGACAUUCCUGCUAGAACUUGAUCAUAUACCUCUGUAGUUCAAAUGCUGCAUUUCUCAUAUAUUGCUGCUUUUCACAAAGGAAAGGAUAGAUGGAGGUGUUCGAGGUGAUCUCAGAGAUUCGCUAGGACAACUCCCUCACUUGACAAACAAACAUGAAGCCCAGACAAAUUCAGAAUAUGUUGUGUCCCCCCCCCCUUAAUAGGGCCCCAAAUACACCUUUGAAACUCCAGUUUGGUAACUGGGUGAGUUAGUCUCCUGAGGCCCACCAUAUCUUCUUAUCUCUUUGGAGAUUAUUAGAAAUCUAGUCUCCCUCCUGUGGGUUGAAACAGUGGAGUGAUAAUGUUCCACUAUAAUGCUGGAACUCACUCUUGUAUCCAUUCCCUAUCUCUAACGAAGGAGAAAUUAAUUUUAAAAAAGCAUGAAAGAAACCAGCACACAUCCUUAAAAAAAUAAACUCAGAAUAAUAUAUACCAAUUCAUAGGGCAUACACAGCUCUGCAGAUAGGAAAAGGAGUGAGUGAAAAAUUUGUCCUCAACAUAACAAUUGCUCCACUCCCACCCUUCUUUCUUGGUUCUAAUAGCCAACCCUGAAAAAAGUCUGAGCAUCCCAUGAUUGAGAGUUCCCAUGACCUGGAUUCCUUAUAGGCUCACACUCUGACCUAAAUUCCAUCUGUCUUUCCUUUUUUUGACCUGAGAAAUGCCAGCACAACCAGCAAAUCCCUGACCAUUGGUUUACUUUAGACGUCAUAAAAAUUGGGACCAGGAGUGAAAAUGUUCUGGUUUGGCCAAAACUUCCUUCCCUUUUCUCUUUGUCCCCCAAUUUGCUUGCCAGCGUUAGUGGUGAUGGAGUCUCUCAAAGGUGGAGUGUAGAAGUCGUAUCCUCUUUAGGACAAAAAUACCAUGGCAAUGAUAGAAGAUGCUGCUAUUAAAUGAGAUAACUUCCUCACCAUCAAACUAAGAAUGGCAAGGUCUAAUUUACUGUAUGUUUGUCUUUUAAAUUUGUAUUCCCUCCCCCAAUUCCCACCCCCCCUCCUCCUGUUCCCUCCCCUCCCCUUUUGCCUUUUCCUUCCCCAUUCCCCACCCCUCCCCCAUUCCCUCUUCUCCAUCCCAACUGCCCUUCCAACUUCCAUUAUUACUAGCUUUUUUGGGCCACUCUUCCUGAUAAGGAGCUUUAGCUACCUGCUUGUGCAACUCAUCCAACCUGGUGACAGAUGAUAGAAGAAAGACUUUGGUGAACUAGUUUUUGAUGCUUAGGUUUGGCUAUGGCAUAUCUUAAGUUUUGGGCAUGGGAUGGGUUGUGUUAUGCCUGUCAGUGCAUUUUUUAAUUUGUUAUAACUUCAACAGCAAGAAUGCCUAGCAGUGGUGGUAUUGCGCCUCCCUAGAAGGCUAAUUUUUUUUCCAGGAGGCUUCGUGGGCCUCUUUCUGGCUUAUCAACAGCCACAGCCACAACUUUUACUCUGUUGCUGUCUGCUUUCUCCCUUUGAUGUAUUCACCCCGUUGAAGUGUCCCUAAGCCUGGCUACUCAGCCAUUUUGUGGAGUCUCCUUUAGAGCCAAUCCCCUUUGGACAGGUAUUCUCCUCAUUGUUUCUUUAAGCAGAUAGGUCACUCCAUGCGGCCCACCCCCCUAGCACCAGUAGCCACAUGGUUUCACAUGAGGUCAGUGAUGCUAGUAUCGCCCCGUGGAACAAUCUGGAGUGAAUACCCAAUUUCUUUUGCCAAAAAUGUGAGUUGACUCAGUCAGCUCUGGUGGUGGCAUUUAUAAAUGUAGCACUGCCCCCAACAUGCUUCCCCUCCAUCACCCCAAUAAAUAAGUGAAACAAAUCAAUAGUAUUUUAGUUGUUUUGACAACCCAGAGGAAUAAGUGAUUUCAGAAGGUCCCAGAGUAUGUUUUAGGCUUAACAUUUCACCCAAACAUUUCAACUUUAUUUAAGUUGUAUCCCCCAUACAGAGGAGGCAGGAAGGUGAGACAUAGGUGGGAAGAAGAUCCAACACAUAGAGAUAGGGACUCUUAUAGCAGGGGUUCAGCAGUCUGUGGUAUAGGCAUCACCACCACAGUUCCCUCUGGCUACUUGCUUGAGUUGUUCAGCCACUGCUGCACUGCUGGGAGAGUCAGUACUCAGAGCCUCCUCCCCCUGCCUCUAGCCUCCAUUCCCCAAGUGGGUUGCUAUCUCUUGAAAGGUUGCCAGCCCCUAACCCCAAAACACAUCCCAUUUCACUCUGGACUUUGACUUCCAGUUGGACCUCUGCAGGACUGCUGGAGCACCAGCAGCUCUCUAGUCCCCUGUCCACCUUUGGGUGGAGGUGCUAACAAGCAGGGACACAGCCACAGGAGGGGAAGCGAUGUGUCCUUCAUCCUCCUGGAGUCUACCCUCUCAUUGUCUCCCAUUCGGUUUCCUCUCCAUUCCUCCUGUUUCCCUCCCAUCCACAACAAAGCAAUAUUCCUUAAGGUGGAGAUCCCUAGCCUCCUUACCACCUCAGUUCAACUUGUAAGACUUUUCUAAGAGGCAGUGGGUGAUAGGUGACUCCCUCCUCCUCCCCUCCCAAACCCCCCUAUCCUUCACGUGGGGGCAGUAAGAGAAAACAGGCUUGUUGGUUUCUAAUGCACUUUUCUGCUUGCAAUGGUCUGUCUAUGCUUUUCCUCCUUCCUGCCCGGCUUUUGUUGUUUAAUGCCACAUUUUUAGCAUGUUUUUAAAUAAAAAUGGAUAAUUUGAGUCAAAAGUACAGCACAAUGUGUUCCCCACAUGGCUUGAUAUUUCUUGACCUCUCUCUGAACUCUAAGAACUUUCCCAUAGGUGGGAGUUCCCAUUCUCCUGGGAAUUUCCUUCUUUGGGGUACCCUGUGACUGAAUUUCACCCAGCAUAUAUUUUAUUGUGAGUUUCUUCUUCACAAGAGAGAAUGAAAUCCAGCUCUAUUGGUGGGCAUGUAGAGUUCAAGCCAAGUGGGCUGAACCCCAGAGCAGAACAGGAAGGCCUGGGUCACUUUCACAGGGAAUAGUGAGCACACUGGGAUACACCUGGGGCAGGCUAGCCAUCCACACCAUGGGCUAGGCACUCUGCAUGAAGAGCCUGGUCUUAUGGGGAGGUUUCAGAAGGAAGAGAUACCACUGGGACCUUCCUUAGUAAAAGGAAUCGUCAGGUUAUUAUUUUCAUGACCUCUGGUUGUGCAAACUUCUCAACAUCCCCGGGAAGGGAGUGUGGUGUCAUGAUUGCAGAGCAGUUUGGGGCAGGGCCAUAAGUGCUCUUUGGGGCACUAGGGAACUUUUUAAAGUCCCUGCUAUUUCAAGGCACAGGCACACCUUCCAGCCAUGCAAACAUUAACCCCUCUGUGCUACCAGACAGUUUUGUAGACUGCUAUGGCUAAAAAAUGUAUCACUUCUUGGCCAACUUUCCAAUGCUGAGUCUCUCUCCCCGUUUAAGCAGGAUAAUCUCUGGACAACUGAGAAACAAUCCAUUGCUAGGCCCAUCCUUGGGGCCUUUACCCUUGUCUAGGACCUACUUAAGCUUCUGCUUUGCUAGCGUAGCCUUUGAGAGCCUACGGUUACCCUUGACCAUCAUGAGGUAUUUAGAGAUGUCACUGGAGGAGUAACAGGUAGUGUGAUAAAAGCAGCUACCAAAAAAAGCCUCAGUUUUGUCCUUCUUAAAGGAUUCUAAAAGAGAAAAGUGGGACUAGGGAAUUAAGAAUUCGGGGAGUCCCUUUUAAGUUCUGUGUGUUUCUUAAGGGGCAGCCUUACAAACCCAGAUUCAGAUGAGACCGUGGGGCAGGGACUCCUGCUGUCUGACAGCCAGAAGGGCAGGUCCCUCCAGUCUGAUUUCUUCCAGGCUCUUUUGUACUCCUCAUUGUGCUCCUGCAUCUAUCCCGGGGUUCCUAUAUGACCCUUGGUGCUCAGCUCUUUCUAUGCAAUACCUACCUGAGCCUUUGUACUGGGGAUUUUGUAUUAGCUUGACUUACAGAAAUAAAUAAUCUUAAACUAAA